UCCAGGGCCCGAUCAUGUGCCUCACAGAGGGUGUGGCUAAGAUAAGCCUCUGGAAGGUUCCGGCGCGAGCGGUAGCCGGUGACUUUGACAGUGUGGUUCCUCGUGACUGCUAGUGCUUUUCACUAUGAAGAUCUGGACCUCCGAACACGUUUUCAACCAUCCAUGGGACACUGUUACCAAGGCAGCUAUGCAGAAAUACCCCAACCCUAUGAAUCCUAGUGUGGUUGGUGUUGAUGUUCUCAACAGACAUGUGGAUAUUCAAGGAAGAUUGCAUAGCUGCCGGCUACUUAGCACUGAAUGGGGGCUACCAUCAAUUGUCAAAUCUAUUAUUGGUGCCACACGUACGAGGACAUAUGUACAAGAGCAAUCUGUUGUGGAUCCAGAAGAACAGACAUUUGAGCUCAGAUCUUCAAAUAUCACAUUUACUAACUUAGUUUCAGUGGAUGAGAGAUUGGUUUACAAGCCCCAUCCUCAAGACUCUGAGAGGACUGUUCUCACCCAAGAGGCAAUCAUCACUGUCAAAGGUGUCAGCCUUAGUAGCUACUUAGAGGGAGUAAUGGCCAGCACAAUAUCAUCGAACGCCAGCAAGGGCCGUGAAGCAAUGGAAUGGGUGAUCCGACGGUUGAACUCUGAAAUUGAAGAAUUCACAGCUACAGCUCGAAAUACAAUCCGAACACCUAUGGCUGCUGCUGUCACAGAGAAAUGACCCUCAUGAUUGAGCCACUGGCGUUGUCUGGACCAGUCAGGCCCUACUCAGCCUCUCUUUGUGCUUCUAUUUAUUUCUAAAUGUACAUAACAGGCAAGCACUCGGUCUGAGAAUUGCAUAUCUAUAUUAGAUAUUUUGAGAAAUGAGCACAAAGAGGGGCUGUGCAGACCUAUUUAUUUAGAGAGAAGAAGGGGCCGAGAGUUGAAGCCUGCAUAGAUUGUGACCAACUGAAGAAUUUAGCCAUGAGAUAUCAGUUGGGUAGUCCGAAGUGCAGGAUUGUUGGUCACAGGAGCUGCAGUUACAUUUGGGCCUGGCCUGCUUUCUCAAUGAGUUCCUCUGUCAGAGUGCAGCAGGUAGAAUUCUUGAGAACAAGAUGGACUGCGGUGGUGGGAGUCUAGCUAGGAUGAUGUAUGGCGAAUGUAAAAAAGUGGUGAGGUGAAGGCUCUGUUUUUGUUCAGCGAUGGCCAGUUUUAGCAAAUCAAUACUUGAAAAUGGUGGUACUACAAGUGACUUGGAGAAGGAAGCAUUUUUAUAAUAGUUAAUAUUUAAAGCACAUAAACAUUGUUUCUAGUCUGCACCAUUCCAGUACAGGUGGAUUGUGUCCAAAAGACUUCACUUGGGAAAUGGGAACAGUGAAUGUGCAGCCCAGCUUUUGUUUUUUUUUGUUUGUUUACAUUGAAUCACAAAGUGAAAUAUUUGCUGAUGACCAGCAUCUCCUUAUUUAUUGUUGGUGCAUUUUGCCAUUGUAUUUGAAUGUGACAAGCACAGUGGAUCGUGUAGUACGUGAUGACUGUCUGUAAUGAUUUGGCAUGCAAUGAAGAUAUUGUGUAAAAGGGUGUGGGGCCUGCAGAUCAGACAUAAUGAAUUAUAGGUUGCUCAAAGAGAAGAAUGAACAUAUUCUAAAUGCACAAUAAAGAAAAAAGAAGGUCCAAGCAGAUAGCCCCAUGCUUUCAUACCUAGUAAGUCUAAUUUGUAUAAUUCUCUUGGUGGCAUUUUGAUAGAUAAGUUAGGGAUGUUACUUACAUGUCUAUGGUAUUUCUAUUUAUAUGACUAAUCGGAUCACUCUGAUCUCCAGCAGCAUGGUUAACACUACUAAUAAGCAGUAUCUAAUGGGCUUAAGGAUGAAUAGUCCAAAUAUAGUACUGGUUAUGUGUAUUUGGUUAUCACUGGGACACAAAAGGUCAUAUACUGUAUGUGCUAUGAUGAUCUAAAGUGGGCAGCUCUUCUCUAUCAAGUGACUGGUGUGUGUAACAAAAUACACUCUUUCUGGGAAGGACCGAUCAGCUUGAACUACACAUGUUGUGGAAAUUCCAGUAUUCCUCUGUGACUCCCUACUUUGAUGGACUUUAAAGUCACAUGUCAUGUUAUAUUUGGUUUGUAACAUUCUAUUAAAAUACAUGACUAAACCUUCUUUAUGAAA